AAAGAAAUGUCUAUCAGGUUGAAUGACGAUGCCAUGCGGCAGUUCCGGGUGGCCAAGGUGUUCCAGGAGACGGACGAGCACAAGGUCUCGCUGGACUUCUCUCCGGACGGACGUCGCCUGCUGGCCUGCGACCACUCCGCCCUUUCGAUCUUCAGCAGCACUCGGCAGACGGAGCUCUGCCAGGUGCACAUGCACCACUACCUUCCCGAGGUGGCCUGCUUCACCCAGCGGGACACUCGCGCCCUGCACUCCACCUCAAAGUAUGACUUUGCCAUCCGUUGCCUGGACCUCGAGACGCGUCACUGUGUCCGCGUUUUCAGCGGUCACUCGCAGAGUGUCCAUCGCUUGGCCUCGCAGCCGGGAAACGAGAACGUAUUCGUCAGCGCGGGACGGGAUGAUCAGGUUUACGUGUGGGACUUUCGCUGCUCCACGCACACGCAUCACCUGAAGAAACUUCGGCAACCGCUGUGCGCCUUUGAUCCUGCCGGCUUGGUCCUGGCCACCAGUACGGAUACGGAACGCAUCGAGAUCCACGAUGUGCGGAUGUUGGGCGGGCAGCCGUGCCAGAAGUUCGUAUACCAGGUGAACGACAAGGCCAAGUGGACCCAGCUGCAGUUUGCGCCGAAUGGAAAGACGAUGCUCUUGAGCACGGAUCACUCCUGGUUGUUCAGCGUUUCGGCCUUCGAUGGCUCCUUUCAGCAGUCCUUUACGGGCUAUGGAAAUCACCUGAGGCAGCCUCUGGAUGCCACCUACACACCAGAUUCUCAGUUUAUUCUCUCAGGAGCGGAUGAGGGCAGGAUUCACAUUUGGCGCGCCAGCGAUGGUUAUCCCGUGGCCGUUCUCAAGGGCAACAAUGUGGGUCCUGUGCGCUGCCUGCGCUUCAAUCCGCGGGCCACGAUGUUUGUGAGCGCCGACUUGCUCAUCGCCUUCUGGAUGCCCAUGGCCAAUGGGGUUUACGAUUGGGUGGAGCGCUUGGCGCCGGGGGAAACAGUGUCCUUUAAGGACGAGGAGGAGGUUGAGAAGGAGGAGCAGCCCAAGGUCAUUCGCAUGCCCGAACCCAAAGUGGAUAUGGCGUUGAUAAGGAAGAGGUUGAAAAGGAAAUCAUCUACCAGCCAACUUCCCUUAGUGGAUCUCACCAAAAUACCCGAUAAAAAGAAGACUUUGGAAGAUGGUGAAAUAGAGGAUGAUUGAGAUUUGUAGAGAUCCAUAGAUUCUUACUGUAAAAUA